ACGCGCUCCGGCCAGGCAAUAAUGCUGUCAAAGGCCGGCCGCCCGUGACCGGGAGCUGAGGACUCGGCGUGGCCUCCGUCCCCGGCCCAGGCGAGGGCAAGGGGCGAAGCGCCUCGGAGAGGCCCCGGCUUCUGGCCGGGCGCGGCGGCCGACCAUGUUCUGCUACUCCGAGGGCCUGCUGGCCGCCUUCUCCACCGUGCUGCUAGUGACGCUGGCGCUGAGCCGGAGCGCCGCGCUCUCCUGCCUGCUGACGGGCGGCCUCUACCUGGUGCUACGGCUCUUCAGCCUCGAGCCCGCCUCCCCGCAGCGGGCCCAGCUCAUCGUCCAGCCGCGCGACAGCCCCGCGCGCAUCGCCCACCGCGGCGGCAGCCACGACGCGCCCGAGAACACGCUGGCCGCCAUCAGGCAGGCAGCUGAGAACGGAGCAACCGGCGUGGAACUGGACCUUGAAUUCACUGCUGAUGGCGUUCCUAUCCUGAUGCAUGAUGAAACAGUAGACAGGACCACUGAUGGGUCUGGAAGCUUACGUGACUUGACCUUUGCUGAGGUCAGAAAAUUUAAUCCAGCUGCUAAACACAGAUUAUGGAGGGAUUACCGUGGGGAGAAAAUACCAACACUGAGAGAAGCCGUUUUGGAAAGCAUGCAUUACGACCUCAUCAUUUACUUCGACGUCAAGGGCCACGCAGACAAGGCAGUUGCAGCCCUCAAACACCUCUACCUGGAAUAUCCGCGGCUGUACAACACUAGCAUUGUUUGUUCUUUUAUGCCAGAUGUCGUCUAUAAGAUGCGGCAAGCUGACCGGAACGUUGUGACUGCUCUAACCCACAGACCGUGGAGCUUCAGUCACUGGGGAGAUGGGAGGCCUCGCUUCAGCUCCUUCUGGAAGCAUUAUUUGAGUCUUGCCUUAGACAUCAUCGUCGACUGGAGCAUGCACAACUUCCUAUGGCACUUCUGUGGAGUUUCUGCUUUUCUGGUACAGAAAAACUUCAUUUCACAGGAGUACGUGAGACAGUGGUCUGCCAAAGGAAUCCAGGUGGUUGCUUGGACAGUCAACACAAUUGCUGAAAAAAUGUACUAUGAAAACAUUCUCCAAGCCAGCUACAUCACCGACAGCUUAAUCGAGGACUGUGACCCUCACUACUAGAUUUCAGCCUUUACUGGAUUCUCUUGGAUUGGGUUUGUUAGGCAGAUUGAUGUUUAUCCGCAACGGUGCUUCAAGGGAUUCAGAUUAUCACGGGUGAACUUGUUUUCUUGGACUGGGUUAUGACAAUACAAACUGCCUCCAAAAUUUCUCCUUUUGCCAUAGUGAAUAGAGACUUAAAAUUAUAAUCACUGUUGAUUUUGAGGAGGACAGAUUUUCUGUGGUGAGAAGAAGUGGCCCAUGCAGCCCUACAAGAAUCAGACUGGUAUUACUGACUUGGCAACAAUACACGUGUAGCAUUUACAAGGUGCUUGUUUGGAAUAAGCUCUGAUAUCAGACCUCUGUAAGAUACCCUCAUGACUUGAAACAUUUUAAUCAGCCUGCUUCAGACAGGAAUCAGGAAAGGAUGCCAGUUGCAAGAGGCCAAGAGCGUGCACUUCCCUCUCCUCACCUUUUCUCUCUGAAAUCCAGGGAUCAUAUUUGAAAAUAAUAUAGAGCAUUUGAUAACUUCUGGGUGCACUGACAAGGGUGUACCUACUAAGAGGCAUGUUAUUAAGGAGGAUUAGCUCAGAAGCGGGACUAGGAAACCUGCUACACAACAUAUAGGAUUGGGCAAUUGGGCAUUUACUGGCACAUGGUGGUCUCUGGAAGGGUGGCUAACAUAUUUUAGGGGCCUGUAAGUAUUGGCUUCUAAAGUCACAUUUAGUGUUGAAGAGACAGCUUUUUUUAUUUGAUCUCAAGGGUCCAUACACACAACAAAACUUAGGCAAAAAUUAUUUUUUGUGUAAAUCAUGCUACCCUGCUGC